AUGAAUAAACGUGAUAUUCUGUUAUAAGCACGUGAAGGGUAUGUAUUAAUCAAUUAAUUUAGUCGUAAAUAAUCUGAAUAGUAACUGAGUCUUUUAAUGAAUCGAAUUAACCUCAUAUAAUAAAAUCAACUCAAAGUCAUUCGAAGGAUUAAAUUGCAAUAGAAGUCUGUUGAAAUGAAACAAUUCAUACAAUCCGAACAUGAUUCAUUUAAUUAGAGUGUUAUAUACACAUUAUUAUGAUA